CCUGAAAGGGGACCAUGUAUUUAGAUUUGACUUCAAAGAUUUCCUUCAAAAAAUAGAACCACUAGUCUCUUCUCUUAGGUUCCUCUACAUGGCUAUAAGCUAUCUAUAUAAUACUGCACUACCAUUUCUUAUUUUUCACCUCCAUGGCCAUGAAUUAUCCUUACGAUGACUUCCUCGAUCUCUUCUUCUCUAACAACAAAGCCGCAACCGCAAGCACUUCCUCCUGUGUGGAACAGAAUGAUGGAUCUCUUGACAUGGACUGGGAUGUUGACUUCCGCGAUCUCAUUGAAUCCAUGAUGAGUGAUGAAGGAGCUCCGACGGAAUCUCCUCCAACAAUUCCUUGUGACCAUGGCCAAGAGGGAAUUUGUAACUCUGCGUCCACGGGUUUUUCCGUCGCUGAUGGGGUUGAUGAUGCCGAGGAGCCUAAUCCUGAUGAAUCAAAGGGCUUGAGGUUGGUUCACUUACUGGUGGCUGCUGCAGAGGCAUCAACUGGUUUAGAUAAAACCCGAGAGCUGACUCGGGUAAUACUUGCAAGGCUUAAGGAGUUGGUUUCUCCCAGUGACCGAACCAACAUGGAGAGAUUAGCAGAUCACUUCACCGAUGGCCUUUCAAAGUUGCUGGAACGAGCUAAUGUUCAGCGGCACAGCAGUCCCCACCAACACCGUGAUGUUCAUCAUCAGGUGGAUGUGUUAUCAGCGAUCCAAAUGCUGCAAAACAUGUCUCCGUACGUCAACUUCGGUUACUUUACCGCCUCACAGGCUAUUCUUGAAGCUGUCAAGUAUGAGCGGCGAAUCCAUAUUUUAGACUACGAUAUUACAGAAGGUGUUCAAUGGGCCUCAUUGAUGCAGGCCUUGGUAUGUAAAAAUACAGGCCCAUUAACCCAACAUCUUAGAAUUACCGCUUUGUCACGAGCCACCAAUGGUAAGAAAUCCAUUGCUGCUGUCCAAGAGGCUGGACGGCGUCUAACCGCAUUUGCAGAGUCGAUCGGCCAGCCAUUUUCAUACCACCACUGUAAACUCGACACUGACGCAUUCAGCGCUUCGUCGUUAAAACUUGUGAGAGGAGAAGCAGUGAUUAUCAAUUGUAUGUUGCAUCUCCCUCGGUUUAGCCACCAAACACCUAAUUCUCUCAUUUCAUUUCUAACCGAGGCUAAAACUCUAAAUCCAAAACUGGUAACACUCGUUCACGAGGAAGUUUGUCUAAUGGGAAACCAAAGCUACCUCUAUCGGUUUAUGGACUUGCUACAUCAAUUCUCAGCCAUAUUCGACUCUCUUGAGGCAGGCCCGACCCGUGCCUUUGUUGAACGUGUUUUCAUUGGGCCGUGGGUUUCAAGUUGGUUGACGCGUAUAGCUAUUACCGCUGAUGACGUGGAAUUCGAGUGUUUUGCUUCGUGGAAAGGGUGGUUAGAAACUAAUGGGUUCAAACCGGUGGAUGUUAGUUUUGCCAACCGUUGUCAAGCAAAGCUCCUCUUAAGCUUGUUUAACGAUGGGUAUAGAGUUGAAGAAUUGGGCCAAAACGGAUUAGUUUUAGGAUGGAAGUCUCGGCGUCUUGUGUCAGCCUCUUUUUGGGCCUCGCGUGAUUCUUCGAAUCAGUAAAAUUUUCAUUUUCUUGCAUUCUCUAGAUAGCACAUACAUGUAACAAAGGUUUUUGAAAACAUCAAUAUUUUUUUUAUAAAGAUAUUACGUAUGUAAA